AUGCGUUUUCUGGGGGACUGGCUUUCGUGGAAGGGCGCGUUAGUCACGCUACUCCUUUCCAAUAGAGUAGAAGCGAUUACUUUGGACAUCAGCGAUGAACAAUCCAUCAAAGAUGCCGCUAGUACCAGCGCCUAUGCCAUGAUGACUUACUACAAAGGCAACGAGACAGGCCAUAUUCCUGGUGCUUUUGCGAGUAAAUGGUGGGAGGGAGCUGCACUUUUCUUGGCCCUGCUCCAAUACUGGCAUUUCACGGGUGACACCACCUAUAAUGAUGAGUUGCGCGUCGGAUUAGAAUGGCAAGCCGGUGAUGGAGACUAUAUGCCCACAAACUAUAGUAGCUACCUAGGAAAUGACGAUCAAAUGUUCUGGGGUCUUGCAGCUAUCACAGCCGCUGAGCUCAAAUUUGCUGAUUCUUCUACUGGAUACUCUUGGCUUGCACUUGCCCAGGGUGUCUUUAACACCCAGAUCGAGCGUUGGGAUACUACAACUUGCUCGGGUGGACUGCGCUGGCAGAUUUGGUGGUGGGAGUCUGGCUAUACGAUGAAAAACUCCAUCGCCAAUGGUGGAUUAUUCCAACUAUCUGCACGACUUUACCGCUACACAGGAAACGAAUUAUACGGCAAUUGGGCUCGGAAGAUCUGGGAUUGGUCAAUAACCACUCCGCUCUUGAGUAACUCGACUUGGAAUGUUGCCGACUCGACAGCGAUGGAAGACGGUUGUACAAGUCAGGGAAAUACACAGUGGUCGUAUAACUACGGCACGUAUCUCAUGGGUGCGGCCUAUAUGUACAACUACACAAACGGCACGGAGCAGGCCACAUGGGAAGCAGCAGUCAACGGCUUAUUGACAAAAACAUUCACCCACUUCGCCCCAGAGAGCAACGGCGGAAUUUUAGAAGAAGUCGUCUGCGAACCGUCGGAGGCGUGCAACGACAACGAAAUCCUUUUCAAGGGGCUUGUCUCCUCUUGGCUCUCCUUUACAGCGUUGAUUGUCCCGUCGCUCUAUGAUACCAUUCUGCCAAAGCUACAAACAUCCGGUAAAGCAGCCGCUCUAUCUUGUACCGGCCACAAUAACAAUACUUGCGGCGUCCGCUGGUAUCAGUCGAAUUAUGAUGGCUGGAUUGGCAUGGAAGAGGAAAUCAGCGCCACCAAUAUUUUUGUCGCCAAUCUGAUUGCUUUCACCCAAGCUGCCCCUGUUACCUCGACAACGGGUGGAAACAGUACCAGCGACACUACUGCUGGUCAAAACGAUACGAGCUCGGUGAAAACCACCACAAAAGUCACUAGUGGCGAUCGAGCCGGCGCAGGGAUUUUAACGGUACUUUUCGUCGGAGGCUGGGUCGGUAUAAUGGGUUGGACCGUCUUCGGAGGUUGA